CGCUGCCCCAGCCCGGCUGGGGUGAGCCGGGGCUGCGGAGCCCUGGCCGCCACUCGGGCCCACUUCGCGGUGGCGACGGGUGGGCUCAGCCUGGGCGCCAUGCGCACCCCGGGCAGUGGCGGCGGCGACUACCUGGAGGCCGAGGAAGGCGCGGACCGCACUCCGCUGCUGAACGAGUCCCAGCCCGACGCGGUGCCUGCAUGUUGCUCAGCUCGCUACAAUUUAGCAAUACUGGCCUUUUUUGGAUUCUUCCUUCUCUAUGCAUUACGUGUGAAUCUAAGCGUUGCUCUGGUAGACAUGGUAGAACCCAACACAAGUUUAACAAAAAAUACAACUUCCAGUGUGUGUCCAGAACAUUCCUCCACCCUAAAUGUGCCUCGUAACACAACGGGGAAAAAAUAUUCUUGGGAUUCAGAUACUCAAGGAUGGAUCCUCGGUUCCUUUUUCUACGGCUACAUCAUUACUCAGAUUCCAGGUGGAUAUCUUGCAAGCAAAAUUGGAGGGAAGUUUUUGCUGGGGUUUGGUAUCUUUGGUACCUCUCUGUUCACCUUGUUCACCCCCUUAGCAGCAGAUUUGGGAGUUGGAUACCUCAUAGCAGUCAGAGCCUUGGAAGGGCUGGGAGAGGGAGUUACAUUCCCAGCUAUGCAUGCCAUGUGGUCAUCUUGGGCUCCCCCACUGGAACGCAGCAAGCUCCUUAGUAUUUCAUAUGCAGGUGCACAGCUUGGAACAGUUGUCUCUCUCCCAUUGUCUGGUUUAAUUUGCUACUACAUGAAUUGGGUUUAUGUAUUCUAUAUAUUCGGUGCACUUGGUAUAUUAUGGUUCUUCUUCUGGAUAUGGUUGGUUAGUGACACACCCCAAACUCACAGAAGAAUCUCGCACGCUGAAAGGGAAUAUAUUCUUUCCUCCCUUAAAGAUCAGCUUUCUACCCAGAAGUCUGUGCCAUGGGAACCUAUGUUGAAGUCCAUUCCACUCUGGGCUAUUGUUGUGGCACAUUUUUCUUAUAACUGGACUUUUUACACUCUUCUCACACUGUUGCCUACAUAUAUGAAGGAGAUUCUGAGGUUUGAUGUGCAGGAGAAUGGACUUUUAUCUGCACUGCCUUAUUUUGGCUGUUGGGUGUGCAUAAUCUUGUCUGGUCAGAUUGCUGAUUACUUGCGGGAAAAACGGAACUUGUCCACUGUAUGUGUUCGCAAAACAUUUACCUUAAUAGGAAUGAUUGGACCUGCUGUAUUUUUAGUAGCUGCUGGAUUCAUAGGCUGUGACUAUACAUUGGCUGUUGCUUUCCUAACCAUAUCAACAACACUAGGAGGCUUUUGUACAUCUGGCUAUAGCAUCAACCACCUUGACAUAGCACCAUCGUAUGCUGGGAUCCUCCUUGGAAUCACAAAUUCAUUUGCCACUAUCCCAGGAAUGGUGGGGCCAGUGAUUGCCAAACUCCUGACUCAUCAUAAUACUAUGGGAGAAUGGCAGACUGUCUUCUAUAUUGCUGCUUCUAUUAACUUAUUUGGAGCAAUUUUCUUUGCAUUAUUUGCCAGUGGAGAAGUGCAGGACUGGGCAGUCAGUGGAUACCACAUGCAUAGGAACUGAAGGAGUCAUUGAAAUACCCAGGCUGAAUUGCUUUGUAUUAAAAUCAUGUGACCUGAAAAGUGCCUUUCACAUUGAUGCCUAAAAAUCUACAAAAGUUCUGCAGUUUAAUCAUUUUAUCUUUGUCCUUUUUGUACUGGAAGUCAUUUGAUAGCGUUAUGUAUGCUGUUUCUGUAAC